CCCGCCGUUACCUCUCCCGACCGCGCGCGCCACCAACGUUCCGCUCCGCCUCCUUGCGCUCCCCCCGCCCUCCGUCCCUCUUAACUCCUGUCUUCGCCUUUUAAAAAAAAAUUUCCCCCUUUUAUGAACCAAACCAAAUUCAUCCUCCCCCCCUUUCCUAAUGCAGCUGAGUGGACUCAGCCGAGUUCUGCUAUUCGCUAGUCCUAAAGGAAAGGAGGGAAGGGCUUUGCGGAUCACGUGACCCCGGCGACUUGGCUAGCGGAGGGAGCAAAAGGCGCCGCGGUGGAAGGCGGAAGAGCGCCUGGCGCGCCUGCGUCACGGCCGCGGGACGCGCAUUCGCACUCUCUCCGUAGUCUGUCGUCCGGCCCCCUUUCUCGCGGUGCUGUGCGCGUGUGCCUCCCCUUUCCCUCUGGGGUCACUUCUCGAGGCUCUCGGCUCCUGCCUCCCACACUCCUGACCCUCAGGGACAAGAGUCCGAGGGGACUGCCGUUCCCCCCCCCCUCCUUUCUCCUCCGGUCCCGCUGCUCCCAAACCCAGAAGCGGGAACUCCCUGCCGCGCCAGCUACCAAAUUUUUGAACUGUAAUUUGUGGGCCAUAAGUCUAAGACAAUCAAAAUCAUAAAAGAAUGGACAGUGAGGUACAGAGGGAUGGAAGAAUUCUGGAUUUGAUUGAUGAUGCUUGGAGAGAAGAUAAAUUGCCAUAUGAAGAUGUUGCAAUACCACUGAAUGAACUUCCUGAACCAGAACAAGAUAAUGGUGGCACAACGGAAUCUGUCAAAGAACAAGAGAUGAAGUGGACAGACUUAGCCUUACAGUAUCUACAUGAAAACAUUCCCCCAGCAGGAAACUAAGUUCUUAUCUUUCAUGGACAGAUUAUUGUGUGUCCAAAAUGUUUUCUUCUAGGUUCCCAAGUUGUAUCUUUAAGCUGUGAGCCACUGCUUUGAACAGUUGAUUGUUGUCAACAAGGUAGAAUCUGAAAAUAUUUAUUCAUGAAGAGAUAACGAAUUUAAGUAGCUUAAUAUUAAGAAGAUUUUUAACAAGUAUUUUAGGUUCCAUGAGCCUAACUAAAUCUCUUCAUUAACUUGUCUUAAAAUUUAAAUAUCUACCUAUAACUUUGAUUUUGCUACCAUUGUUAUAGGUUAGUACAAUUUAAUUUACUAUUAUAUUUUCUUCAGUAGAAAGACAAAUAGUAGGAGAAUGAUGUCAAAAUACUAUACUUUGUCUUGCUUCUCUGCUCAUUGUCAUAUCAAGGGGUAAGACAAAGAAUGCAUUUGACCUUAGCUAUUAAAAGCUGAUGAGUCUGUUAUUCAAAUCUACCAGGACAUUGAGAGAAGAGCUCAAUUUUAUAAUUGUAUUUCAAGUGGAAAAUUAGCUGGGGUAGGGCUCUGCCUCUAGUCAUUUAUUUUUGAGUUAAUGUAUUUACAACAUUGAUGCCAUUAAUAUGAAGAUAACUUAUUACAGAUGGUUGGAAUUCGUUGUUUUGUUUUGUUUUGUUUUCUUCCAUUAAAUUUGAUUUGUACAUAAAAUUAUUCUUUUGAAUAAUUUCAAAAUUUUUUUGCUUUCAAACAAAAGUACAUUGUGCAAUUUUACAAGCUAAAAAAAAAAAAAGUUCAAGAAAUGCUUAAACAAAAGUCAUGGAUUGUUCAUAAGGAUCAUAGAUAGAGCUUAAAGGGCCUAGAAGUCAUUUAGUUUAAUCAUCUAAUAUUACAGGUCAAGAACCUGCAGCUCAGAUACUUCCUCCAAGAAGAUACAGGUAAUAAGUGGCCGAUCUGGGAUUCUGAUCCCCAGAUCCUUAGGCAGUGUUCCGUGUUUUUUCUUCUACAAUAUGCUGCCUCCCUAAUUCACAGCAGCUAGUAAGAGAAAACUACGGAUGUU